AUGAAGCGGUAAACUGCCUGGUACUGUUGGACAGAUGUGUGCUGUAAGGGAGGGAUAUGAUGGGAAAGGAUGGGAGAGGGAGGAAGCAGCUUUCAGUGGCCUCACAUCCUCUCUGCUAGGGCUGUUUUCAACAGCUGUGCGGCCAUGCCUGUGUUUCUGUCUGUCUCUGUCCACCCAGAGAUCUGUCUGCAUGCCUGUCCAUCCAGAGAUCUGUCUGCAUGCCUGUCCAUCCAGAGAUCUGUCUGCCUGCCUGUCCACCCAGAGAUCUGUCUGCCUGUCCACCCAGAGAUCUUGUCUGUCUUUUUGUCCAUCUGCCUAUCUGUCUAUCCUGUCCAUAAAUCUCCCAGAUUGGGGCUUUUGCGUACAGAUGUCACUAGGGCUAUGACGAUACCAGUAUCGCAAUAUUGUUUCCAUGGCAAAAAUGAAAACACGAAGCAAACUCUACAGCAAACCUGCUGUAUGUGAAAUAUUGCCUGCUAUAGCAUGGUAAAUAUAGCGUGGUAAAUAAAUAAAUGUGACACUAGAUCAGGGGUUCCCAUUCGGGGGGGCUUUCCAGUCUAUUUCUAUGGGCACAAGCACUGUUCAUGACACGCAGUUCACACCCCUCCUUGUUGGUGGAGAGAAUUUUGCAGGUUUAAAGCUUAUUUCCUGCAAUUCUACACAUUCUGUCAUGGGGUGCAAAGAAAAUGUUGUUUUAAAGCACAUUUUCUUGCAAUUCAAUACAUUUUGCCAUAUCUAAUGUGUAUUUAUGUGAUAUUUGAGUGACUAAAAAAUGACAUCUAUGGGCAAAAAAAAAAAAAAAAACCUUGACUGACAUGGCCUAGUUGAUCUGGACAUUUUUGAUAAGUUGUAAAUAGCUCUCUAAGGUAUGCAAUGACUAACAUGACAAGAGGAAUACUGAUGAUGCACUAAGUUCUAAAUCGCAUCUUGUGCAUUCUACUAUUACAACUUUCAACAGUAAGAUUUUAAAGCCAGACUGAGUCCCAUUAAAAAUUUACAUUUUGUUCGUUUUUUUGGGCGGGGGGGGGGGGCGGGACCCCUCAGUUUGGGAACCACUGCUCUAGAUGACAACAUAAUGUUUGUUUCCAACGUUAGGGCUGUUUUCCUAAAGAAGUUAAAUCCGCUUCGUGUUUUGUUUCCUUGCCACUAUACUAAGGAGUAUGGUGAUACUGGUAUCGUCCCGGCCCUAGAUAUGUCACCCAACAUGAUGAUUCUGUUGUGCAAAAUAUUUCUAACACAGCUUCUCUUCUCUUCUUCUUUCCCCAGGUUCCACACUAGACCUUUACCCAGGCUCUGGCCACCUCAUCAUAUGGUAUGGACUAAACCAGAGAAGAGGAGAGAGAAUAGAUCCUUUCCUUUACAUCUGCCUAUUGACUAGCUACGUUUGUAAAUCCUCAGGGUCCCAGAGAGGUGGGAGUUCAGCUGAACUUGUUCCCCAAACUGCACUCCCCUCAGUGGGGGUUGGUUGUGACCCAGCUCCAGGGUACAUCCCACCUCACGGCAGGCUUUCCUUUCCUGAGCAGCAGCUGUGUCCUGCCUGCGUCCUGCCUCUAUUUCCUGUCUUUGGUGUGCAAGGCUAAGCCUCCUCUCUCCACCCCCCCCCCCCCCACACACACACACACACACACACUCUCUCCCUCCCUGUUGACCGCGAUCCAAGAAGAAGAGGACUCAUCAAUCCCUUAACUUCCUGGUACAUUUCUCCCUCUCACCAGAGACGACAGCAGCACCAUGACCUCCAUGUCCAGCCUGUUCUCCUUCACCAGUCCAGCUGUGAAGCGUCUGCUGGGGUGGAAGCAGGGGGACGAGGAGGAGAAAUGGGCUGAGAAGGCUGUUGACGCCCUGGUCAAGAAACUGAAGAAGAAGAAGGGAGCCAUGGAGGACCUGGAGAAAGCCCUCAGCAGUCCAGGACAGCCCAGUGAGUGACCCUGUCUGUCUGUAGUGCACUGUGUACUGUGUGCGGCAUCAUACUUGGUCAGGUCCGGGCCAGGUGUGUGUGAGAGAUAGACUGUCUCUCUGGAUCAUAAUAUCAUAGAGUCUGCUAGAUGACUAAGUUAUAUUUAUAUAUAUAUAUAUAAAGCAUUGUCAUACUUGGUCCAGAUAUUUCCUAACCUUCCCUAACCCCCCUCUAUCUGCCAGGUAAGUGUGUGACCAUUCCUCGGUCUCUGGACGGUCGUCUCCAGGUGUCCCACAGGAAGGGUCUCCCCCACGUUAUCUACUGCAGGGUGUGGCGCUGGCCCGACCUGCAGUCUCACCAUGAGCUCAAGCCUCUGGAGAUGUGUGAAUACCCCUUCGGCUCCAAACAGAAGGAGGUCUGCAUUAACCCCUACCACUACAAGAGGGUAGAGAGCCCAGGUAUGUAAUCGCUAGCUUGUAGCUAGUACAUACAGGCAUUUAAAUCAUGUUCGUUCCUACUAUAGUAUUGACUCAAUCUAAUGCAUUGCAAGACCUAGCCUCUAAGUGAUGUAUUUGUGGCUGUUGUACACGUCCUUCUACAAGAAGUGUACAUUACACAGUAAGGCUAAAGUUCAUCUGACUUAAGUUACCAUUUAGCCAAGUGAAGGAGAGUACUGCAUCCUUGACCAUUUAGCCAAGUGAAGGAGAGUACUGCAUCCUUGACCAUUUAGCCAAGUGAAGGAGAGUACUGCAUCCUUGACCAUUUAGCCAAGUGAAGGAGAGUACUGCAUCCUUGACCAUUUAGCCAAGUGAAGGAGAGUACUGCAUCCUUGACCAUUUAGCCAAGUGAAGGAGAGUACUGCAUCCUUGACCAUUUAGCCAAGUGAGGGAGAGUACUGCAUCCUUGACCAUUUAGCCAAGUGAAGGAGAGUACUGCAUCCUCAACCAUUUAGCCAAGUGAAGGAGAGUACUGCAUCCUUGACCAUUCAUACUAUUUAGAUUAACGUUUCCAAUAAAUAUGUCUCAAGGUGAGCAAUAUGGGGCAUUCUGUCUGCUACCCUAGAGAUAUAUGUGUUGUCUCGUCUGAGUGACGUGAUAUCUGUCCUUGAAUUGGUUAAUACAAAGCUAGCAGUCACAUGUCAGGGAGGAGGGGGUGGAGCAGAGCACAGGUCAAGGACUUUAAAAAUGACCUGAUCAAUAGGAUCUGCAUCAUAUAGCACGUUUUUAGAAUGUAAUGGAAAACACAAUGGUAUUGAAAGUACUUUUGUUAAAAUGUAAAGGCUAGAGGAGAUCCUUGCAGUGGACAUGCACAACAGCCACUAAUGACAACAGAGGUCAUGCGAAGAGAAGAUUCCUUCAUUCAUGUGUAGUAUCUAUGUUUUCACUGGUUUCAAAUGAAAUGCUAUAGUGUCCCAAGGUUUCUUUAAAGGCGCUUCAAAUCCAAUGUAUAUUUAUUUUAAAAUCUCUUCUCCACCAGUUCUCCCUCCGGUGUUGGUGCCUCGCCACAGUGAGUUCAACCCACAACACAGCCUCCUGGUCCAGUUUAGGAACAUGACUCACAACGAGCCCCACAUGCCCCUGAACGCCACCUUCCCAGAGUCCUUCCAGCAGCACAGUGGGGGCAGCGGUACCUCCUUCCCCAUCUCCCCUAACUCCCCCUACCCCCCCUCCCCAGCCUCCAGCGGAGGGGUGGGCACCUACCCCAACUCUCCUGCCAGCUCCGGACCCUCCAGCCCCUUCCAGCUUCCAGGUAGAUGUCAGUAUACACUCCUAUCAUAUAUCAUGCACCUAUGUGUUUAUUGGUAGUCAGUUACCAUGGCUGCUAUUACAAUAUCAUAUACUGUUAGCCUAUUACAUAUAUAUUCACACUGGGUUUUCACACUUGUACACUUCACCUGGUAACACACUGCCUUUGGCCUCUAUGAUGUACACUUCACCUGGUCACACACUGCCUUUGGCCUCUAUGAUGUACACUUCACCUGGUCACACACUGCCUUUGGUCUCUAUGUGAGAAUGUAAAAGGGAAGUAACAUUGCCAUUAAAAGAAAGAAACGUGUUUUCCUGAUAGAAAAUGGGAUUAGAAAUCUGUGGAGGACAAGUUGGUUUGAUUUCUAACUAUAUGUGAUGAUGGUCCAUGAUAGAAACCAGGGUCUUCUGACAGCCAGGGGGGACAAUCAAAAUGGCAACUAAAGAGUGUACCAAAGCCCUGCAUCAGGGUGACUGGUGAGUGUCAGUCAGUGGUGCCCAUCGCUGGGCACAGCAUAGGCCUGGCCUGGCCUCCGGCUCCUAUUCUGGUGAAUAGAUCCCCAGCCAGUGUGCCCAUCGCUGGGUACAGCAUAGGCCUGGCCUGGCCUCCAGCUCCUAUUCUGGUGAAUAGAUCCCCAGCCAGUGUGCCCAUCGCUGGGUACAGCAUAGGCCUGGCCUGGCCUCCGGCUCCUAUUCUGGUGAAUAUAUCCCCAGCCAGUGUGCCCAUCGCUGGGUACAGCAUAGGCCUGGCCUGGCCUCCGGCUCCUAUUCUGGUGAAUAUAUCCCCAGCCAGUGUGCCCAUCGCUGGGUACAGCAUAGGCCUGGCCUGGCCACCGGCUCCUAUUCUGGUGAAUAGAUCCCCAGCCAGUGUGCCCCAUCGCUGGGUACAGCAUAGGCCUGGCCUGGCCACCGGCUCCUAUUCUGGUGAAUAGAUCCCCAGCCAGUGUGCCCAUCGCUGGGUACAGCAUAGGCCUGGCCUGGCCACCGGCUCCUAUUCUGGUGAAUAGAUCCCCAGCCAGUGUGCCCAUCGCUGGGUACAGCAUAGGCCUGGCCUGGCCACCGGCUCCUAUUCUGGUGAAUAGAUCCCCAGCCAGUGUGCCCAUCGCUGGGUACAGCAUAGGCCUGGCCUGGCCACCGGCUCCUAUUCUGGUGAAUAGAUCCCCAGCCAGUGUGCCCAUCGCUGGGUACAGCAUAGGCCUGGCCUGGCCUCCGGCUCCUAUUCUGGUGGAUAUAUCCCCAGCCAGUGUGCCCAUCGCUGGGUACAGCAUAGGCCUGGCCUGGCCACCGGCUCCUAUUCUGGUGAAUAGAUCCCCAGCCAGUGUGCCCAUCGCUGGGUACAGCAUAGGCCUGGCCUGGCCACCGGCUCCUAUUCUGGUGAAUAGAUCCCCAGCCAGUGUGCCCAUCGCUGGGUACAGCAUAGGCCUGGCCUGGCCACCGGCUCCUAUUCUGGUGAAUAGAUCCCCAGCCAGUGAGGUUUGCUGAUGCACAGAUCCACAACAGAUUCACAACAGAUUCACAACAGAUCCACAACAGAUUCACAACAGAUCCACAACAGAUCCACAACAGAUUCAUGGGCUGCUGUAGUCAGUCAGGCAUAAUGGCAGCAGGGAAAAUAGCCUUUUGUCUUUUUUGAAUUGUGCUGAAUUGCCCCCAGGAUUGAAUCACUACAGUGCUAGUGUUAUCACUUCUAUGUGGUGAAUUGCCCCCAGGAUUGAAUCACUACAGUGCUAGUGUUAUCACUUCUAUGUGGUGAAUUGCCCCCAGGAUUGAAUCAUUACAGUGCUAGUGUUAUCACUUCUAUGUGGUGAAUUGCCCCCAGGAUUGAAUCACUACAGUGCUAGUGUUAUCACUUCUAUGUGGUGAAUUGCCCCCAGGAUUGAAUCACUACACCGCUAGUGUUAUCACUUCUAUGUGGUGAAUUGCCCCCAGGAUUGAAUCACUACACCGCUAGUGUUAUCACUUCUAUGUGCUGAAUUGCCCCCAGGAUUGAAUCACUACAGUGCUAGUGUUAUCACUUCUAUGUGGUGAAUUGCCCCCAGGAUUGAUUCACUACACUGCUUGUGCUAUCACUUCUAUGUGGUGAAUUGCCCCCAGGAUUGAUUCACUACACUGCUAGUGCUAUCACUUCUAUGUGCUGAAUUGCCCCCAGGGUUGAAUCACUACAGUGCUAGUGCUAUCACUUCUAUGUGGUGAAUUGCCCCCAGGAUUGAAUCACUACAGUGCUAGUGCUAUCACUUCUAUGUGGUGAAUUGCCCCCAGGGUUGAAUCACUACAGUGCUAGUGCUAUCACUUCUAUGUGGUGAAUUGCCCCCAGGAUUGAAUCACUACAGUGCUAGUGUUAUCACUUCUAUGUGGUGUAACAGGAGGAAAGCGGAGUUGUUUGAUUUGAAUUGUCAGUUUGGGCAGCCGUGUUAUUAUCCAGAGAAAUCUGGCCACCCUCUUAAGCACGGUGGUAACCUGUAAAUGUUUGGUCUGUAGGAAGACCAGUCUUUCUUCAUAAAAAACAUUACCAAUUAGUCCCCACCCACAUCUCAAUUUCUGUCCUCCAUAAGUGGUUCUGUAAUACAGCACUAAUGGGACUGUCCAUAGAUCCAUAGACGAGUGUACCAUGUGAUGGAUGUGUGUGUGUGUGAAAACCUUGCACCUGUUUCCGGGUAGAGAAAGAUCCUGUGGUGGUGGGUGGGUUUUAACUCCUCUUGGGAGUUGUCGGAGUGGUGUGUGUGUGUGUGUGUGUGUGUGUGUGUGUGUGUGUGUGUGUGUGUCCGUCCGCUGUGAGUUUGUGGACAGCCAUUUGUCAUCAGCAGCAGCUGGUCUCCUCUAACUAUCCGUCCAUUGUGUUCUUCCCUCUCCAGCUGACACCCCACCCCCGGCCUACAUGCCCCCUGACGAGCAGAUGGGACAGGAGGGGUCCAUGGAGACCAACAGCAGCGGGCCCAGGAACAUGCCUAGUGGGGGUGAGGAGUCUGACUUUCAACUUUAUUUACCAGGGAUUAUUGCCUAGUGACUUUCCCCCUGUCCCAGCAGUAAACACACUGUGGGCUAUACUGGGAGCAGUGACACCCAAGCAAUAAAACCUCGAAAGUGUGUGGUGAUGCCCAACUCACCACAGCACAAAUAUCUCCUAUAGUCAACCCUUUAAACAACGCCCAAGACGCUGCCAGACCCCUGGUGGAGUCGGCGCGUACACCACUAGGUAACCCUUGUUGGUCCUCUGUAGCUCAAUUGGUAAAGCAUGGCGCUUGUAACGCCAGGGUAGUGGGUUCGAUCCCCGGGACCACCCAUACGUAAAAAUGUAUGCACGCAUGACUGUAAGUCGCUUUGGAUAAAAGCGUCUGCUAAAUGGCAUAUUAUAUUAUUAUAUUAUAUUGCUGCUAUAUGCCAGGGAGAUAGCCUUCACAAUCCAGGGUCUGCUUAGAGAGCGCCCUGUCGCAAACUGGAUUAGCAAAACAGACAAAAAAGCUGGUCACGUGACCGGAAAUCCUGGGUCCAUUCAAUGUACGUGCAUAAAGCUGACACCGGACAUAGGUCAUGUAACCUCUGUUGAUCUAAAGAAGCAAAAGGAGGAGGUGAAAAAGGGAAAUGACUCAAAGCUAAGGACCUGUAGGACAUAGCCAUGACUUUCGGGGCGAAGGCCGCUUGUGAACGCAGCGUCACCUUAGUCGCCCGGGGCCAACUGAGUACAAGAAGGCUGUACGGAUAGCGCAUGGAGGUCCCCAACGCGUUUAUCUGAGGCCAAAGCCAUAAGCAGGGAGGUUUUGCAUGAGAGGAACUUCAGAGGCUCGAAGGGGGCCGCACACAAUGCCUCCAAAACCAAGUCCAAUAGCACGCAAUAGGUUUAGAGACAGGUCUGAGAUGAUUACCAUAACGCCCCGGGGAUAGCUAGUAAGUUGCAUUUGCCGAAAAUGAUGCAUGCUAGCUGACGUUAGCCAUGAUAAGGCUUCUGGUCUAAGCUAGGUUAGCUAUCCUCUUUGACCGCAGCACUGUCCAUUUUUAGAAUAACCAAGCAAUUAGCAUAUACUAAACAAGCGAGCUACCCUAGCAUUUUCAUCAUUUGGGAGCCGGAAUAGCUAGCUAUUGUAAAGUGGUUAUCCCACUGGCUAUAGGGUGAACGCACCAAUUUGUGAGUCGCUCUGGCUAAGAGCGUCUGCUAAAUGACGUUAAUGUGCCCUUGAGCAAGGCACUUAACCCUAAUUGCUCCUGUAAGUCGCUCUGGAUAAGAGCGUCUGCUAAAUGACUAAAAUGUAAAUGUAAAUGUAGCUCGCCUCGGCAAGUUGGCUAACCUGGCUAGCACGUUAUGCAGCGCUUGUUAGCUAGCUUGAUCUCUAAAGUCUACGUUGGACCGGAUCACCAAGGUGGGACCUGGACCCUUCUGGGAAGAGAGGCAAGCGGUGCUUAACCAAGGCAGACACAGGUGGCAGGGGGGGGCAUUCGACCAGACCAACCACCCAAACCAUCUCGGCGUCCCUCAACCUCCACUCAGCUGAGGUACGGGCACCCGGGAGAGGAAGUCACUAUCGGGAACACCAAGCCCCCUAAAGAAUGUUUACACGAUUGUCAAGAGAACCUGCGCCGCGGACUACAUUUAAGUCAUUUAGCAGACGCUCUUAUCCAGAGCGACUUACAGGAGCAAUUAGGGUUAAGUGCCUUGCUCAAGGGCACAUCGACAAAUGUUUCACCUAGUCGGCUCGGGGAUUAGAACCAGCGACCUUUUGGUUACUGGCACAACGCUCUUACCCACUAAGCUACCUGCCGACUAGUAGGGGUAACGGUGCCAGCCGUCCCCUAGUCUCGCACACUAACUGAUUGGGGCGAGGGCAGCCUGAGCAUGCGCCGAGAAAUACAAGACAACAAACGGGCAUGGUUGCGAACCCAGCUUAUUAGUGUAACCCCUCGAUUCUUGGCUGUCGCUGCUUUGCAGGACUGAUACGCACAUACAGGAUCAUCGGGUUCAGGCAAGUGCCCUGUUUAUUGUAGUCUGGCAAUAAAGCACACAAUGUAGGUGUUCAAGUUAGAAUCAGACGGUUAUGUAUUUACAUUCCUCCAGCUCCUGUACAUGAAAAUAUAAUAGUCACAACUUUUGUCUUGGCCGCUCGUGGUGACGUUAGGCAUUUCACGCCUCAUUAGCUAGCAGAGUAAACAUUCAGAACGUUUGUUUAGCGCCAGGUAGCUGGCUAGCAUCACGAUACAAAAUACAUCAAGAUACUGAGAUAGUCUGAUCUUCACACAGUUACAUAAUAUAUAUAUAUAUAUACACACACAUUAAAUAAGCACUUUAGACAGUUAGACUAGACUUGUAUGAGAAUUAUGACAUGUUAUAUCACAAAAAGAAGCGUACCAUCUUUGCCAUAAUCAUAAGUGAAAGGUAACUCAAAUAUGGUGGCAACGGUGAACUUGACAUCAGACCAAUACCAGCUUGCUUAUACCAUGCGAGGGCAUAAGAGCCUUGAAUAGCGACGUAACAUCUUGUAACUCAUUCCCUUUAGAAUGAGAAUAUAAUAUUUUCACGAACUUCAUACAAAUAAUCUACAUGCAGGUGAAAACAGCUCCUGCUACAUUAGCCUUCAUCGUUUCGGUCGCGUUAGCCAUCUUACUUUAUUGCUAUAGCCAGGCCAAGCAAUUCUAAGAAUAACUAAUUGUUUGUGAUUAGGAAACUUAUGAGAACCAUACAAACUUCAGCACACAAUGUCCAGGGUGUUAGCACGCUACCACUAAGGGACAGUUUAGUUGGCGCAAUGUAAGUGUGUGUGUGUUUUUUAAAAGCGUGAAUCAUUCAAGGUGAAGAGCUGAACGAUUGAAGGAAUGAAGACGGGCCUCACGCUUAUCACCUGUGGAAGGCGGGACUUCCAGCGAGGCGCGGAUUUCAUUGGCCUUGUCACAGCGUGAUUGUCGCGAGAGUGCAACUCCCCGUAGUUUGUUGUACGGAAGUUGACUGACUGAAAGGGAACCAUGGGCACUACAAAUGCACAACAUCAUUCAUGAAUUGAAUAAAAUUAAAUUGUACAUUUCAAGAUUACGCAUCCCUUUUCCUUUAGAACAUAGAAGGACCCCUGCAGCCAGUGGAGUAUGAGGAACCUAGCCACUGGUGCAGUAUUGUGUUCUAUGAGUUGAACAGCCUCCUCUCAUCCCUCUCUCCUCUCCACCUUCUCCCUGUAGAUGUGCAGCCAGUGGAGUAUGAGGAACCUAGCCACUGGUGCAGUAUUGUGUACUAUGAGUUGAACAACAGAGUGGGUGAGGCCUACCAUGCCUCUUCUACCAGCGUCCUGGUGGACGGCUUCACCGACCCCUCCAACAACAAGAACCGCUUCUGCCUGGGGUUGCUCUCCAACGUCAACCGCAACUCAACCAUAGAGAACACACGCCGCCACAUCGGCAAAGGUGAGCAUAAACGCAAAUGUGCCUCCCACGUCAGUAAAGGUGAGCAGGGCAACACGUAGAGAUGACUAGAUUAGUUGAUGAGGUCUUGAAAAUGGAGAUGAGGUUCAGAGAAAGUGGGGGGGGGGGGAAGGAAUGGUGAAAAACGUUUGUGAUAUUCAGUUGAAACAUGCGUGAUGUUCCAUUGAAACAUGUAUUUUUUUAAAUUUAUAGAUGGUUAAUUAAUUUUUAUUCCUAGGUUUUACUGCUCUGUUGGAGCUAGAAACACAAGCGUUUUGAGCUUUUUUUUCCCCUCCCCCUCCGCCAGGGGUCCACCUGUACUAUGUUGGAGGUCUAUGCAGAGUGUCUGACACCAGCAUCUUCGUUCAGAGUUGUAUCUCUCCCUCUUUCUCUCCCCUCUCACUUCCCCCCCUCCGCCAGGGGUCCACCUGUACUAUGUAGGAGGUGAGGUCUAUGCAGAGUGUCUGAGCGACACCAGUAUCUUCGUUCAGAGUCGUAACUGUAACUACCACCACGGUUUCCACCCCACCACGGUGUGUAAGAUCCCUAGUGGCUGCAGUCUGAAGAUCUUUAACAACCAGGAAUUUGCUCAGCUACUGGCCCAGUCUGUUAACCACGGCUUUGAGGCUGUCUACGAACUCACCAAGAUGUGCACCAUCCGCAUGAGCUUUGUAAAGGUGAUAUACAGUUACAUUUCUAUUAGUUUCAGUACUAUGUACGAUUCACUGCUUUAUGAUCUUGGUCAUUGAUGAUUAAAAAAAAAAGAAUUGUGGAAAUAACCGUUUUUUAAAAUUAACUUAAUUUCAUUGAAAGAGCAAAUCUGCAAUGUUGAGAGUAACAUUAGGCCACACUGUAGCAAAACAUUGCGCAAUGGAAAACAAACAUUUCUUAUUGGACAAGUUUGCUUUUUCACUCCUUUUCUGACCAUGUACUUCCUUUGGUGAAUAUGACCCAGCUUUAUCUCUCUCUUUCUCCCUCUCCACAGGGCUGGGGAGCUGAGUAUCACCGACAAGAUGUCACCAGCACCCCCUGUUGGAUAGAAGUGCACCUUCACGGCCCUCUGCAGUGGCUGGAUAAAGUGCUGACACAGAUGGGCUCUCCUCUCAACCCCAUCUCUUCAGUGUCCUAA